GAGAAAUGGGGAAGUGCAAGCCCUGUUGAUAGGCUUCAGAGAGAACAAGAGAACAACAAAUGUUUUGAAGAGCACAGGCAAGCAAGAUAUAGAAGAAAGAGCCAGAAGAAACCAGAAAGAUACCGAGUGACCAAAAAGGGAGCAGCUGAGAACAGGCAAGGAACCAGGUUCUACUUUUUGUGGGGUGGGAAAUCAAAGAUUCUGGCCUGCAUGGCCUCACCAGGUGCCAGAGGGGAGCGCAAGCCCCUCUUAGGACAGGAGGAGACCCUAGACCGGCCCACUGUGUCCCCCUUUGAGGGCAGAAAGGCUGCCUGUGCAGCUGUGUUGCUGGUGGAGAUUCUGGAACGAGCAGCCUUCUUUGGCAUCGUCUCCAACCUGGUCCUCUACCUGAACAGCAGCAUCUUCAACUGGGGUGGAUCCCAGGCUUCGCGGGCAGCCCUCCUCUUCCUGGGGGCUUCCUACCUGCUUUCACCCAUUGGAGGAUGGCUUGCCGAUGCUUACUUAGGCCGCUAUUGGACUAUCGCCUUGAGCUUCUUGCUCUACCUGCUGACCGCUUGCCUGCUGCCUGCUGUGGCCUCCCAGGAUGGACGGCUAUGGCUGUGCGGAGAGAUGCCAGCCUUCCCAGUGCAGCCCUCAUGCCAAAAGGGGAGUAAAGAGUGCAAGCAGCAACUGCCAAGUCAAUACUGUGCCCCCAUCAUGUACACAGGUCUACUGCUCCUUGCCCUGGGCAUCAGUUCAGUCAAAGCUAACCUCACACCCUUUGGUGCAGAUCAGGUGACAGACCGUGGUCGGGAUGCUACGCGACGUUUCUUCAACUGGUUUUACUGGAGCAUUAACAUUGGGGCUGUGAUCUCCUUGCUUGUAGUUGCUUUUAUCCAGCAAAAUGUGGACUUCCUUACUGGCUAUGCCAUUCCUGCUAUCUGUCUGGCCUUGGCCCUCUUAGUUUUUCUCAUAGCUGCCCCCAUCUUUGUCACCAAGCCGGCUGCUGGUAGCCAAGUCUCAACCAUGUUCCAGUGGGCCCUCCAGAACAGCUGCUGUGGUCAAGCACUUCAGAAGAUGGCCGUGAAGAAAAGAACAGGCAUUCUCCAGUCAGAAGCUGAUGGCACUGGCCCACUUUCAGAUACAACAAGACACCAGCGUGCUGGCCCAUCCCAAGAAGAUGUCUCCAAUUUCCAAGUCACGGCAAAAAUCUUUCCUGUGCUGCUUACUCUCAUCCCAUACUGGAUGGUCUACUUCCAGAUGCAGUCAACCUACUACCUGCAGGGCCUGCACCUCUUCAUCCCCAGCAUCUUUCAGAACAGUUAUUUGAACAACAGUGCACUUUCAGCAGCUGUAGAUGGUGGCUACACGCUCCCAGAUGCUUGGCUCCUUCUAGCUAAUGUGGUGGUUCUGCUGAUUCUGGUUCCUUUAAAAGACCGGGUCAUAGACCCAUUCCUUGCAAAAAGGAAGCUGUUGCCUUCAGCAUUAAAGAGGAUGGCUGUGGGCAUGUUCUUUGGCCUUGGCUCAGUUAUUUUAGCAGGUUUGCUGGAGACUAAACGCCUGCAGUACGUAAACAACAAUCAGACCAUCUCGCAGCGGAUUGGGAAGGAUGACUACAUUGCAGCCCCACUCUCCAUCUGGUGGCAAGUCCCUCAGUACCUGCUCAUUGGAAUCAGUGAAAUUUUUGCCAGUAUCCCAGGGCUGGAGUUUGCUUACUCUGAAUCACCAAAAUCUAUGCAAGGAGCCAUCAUGGGCCUGUUCUUCUUCAUUUCUGGAGUGGGAUCACUUUUAGGAUCUGGCCUCCUGACUUUGCUCUCACUACCAGCCACUGGCUGGAUGCACUGCCCAGAGGAUUAUGGGAACAUUAACAAAUGCCGGAUGGAUUAUUACUUCUUCCUGCUGGCUGGGAUUCAGACAGUAACCUGCAUCCUCUUUAUCUGGAUCUCCUUCCGCUAUGAGCGUCAGCAGCGACCUCCCUGUCUCCAUUGCACUGGCCGUGAGAGCAAAUUGACAUCAUAGCUCUGGGCAACUAGGGCACUGCAACUUCUGCUUUGUCGAUAGGCACCUUCACUUCCUUAUAAAAUAUAAAAAAAGACCAUUUUUUAUAUUUAUAUUUGGUAGUACAGAGCCAGUGGCUCUGAAAUUCCUCCACAGACAGAACGAUUGGUGUAGAUGGCACCUUGUAUACUGACCUGAAG